AUGGACCGCCACUACUCCCAGGUUCAGGUCGCAUCAGACUUGGAAAAUGGAGAUGUUAAUUUCAAGGUAGGCUUGAAUAGAAAUAAUAUUAAGGAGGUUUGUGUCAAUGGGAAGACACCACAGAAUAUAUCAUCCUCAAUUAUGCGCAAGAAAUCUGAUCCCAUGCUUGUUUCACCAAAUGUGCGGUUUCAAAUGCUUGGUCAUUUCUUGACCAAUCUUCAAGAAGUGAUUCUUGGAACUAAGCUGGCUAUUCUCUUCCCAGCCAUCCCUCUAGCAAUUGCUGCUGACUAUUAUAAGUUUGGAAGACCAUGGAUAUUCGCUUUGAGCUUGCUUGGACUCACCCCAUUAGCAGAGCGUGUCAGCUUCCUCACUGAACAAAUUGCAUACUUCACUGGUCCAACAGUUGGAGGACUCCUUAACGCAACAUGUGGCAAUGCAACAGAGCUGAUAAUAGCAAUGUUUGCUCUUUACCAGAACAAAAUACAUGUCUUGAAGUAUUCUCUUUUGGGUUCCAUUUUGUCAAAUCUCCUUCUAGUUCUUGGGACUUCUCUCCUAUGUGGAGGCCUAGCCAACCUAAGAAAGGAACAAAGAUAUGAUAGAAAGCAGGCUGAUGUGAACUCACUACUUUUAUUACUGGGGUUGUUGUGCCACAUGUUGCCACUGAUGUUCAGAUAUGCCAUAGGGGAAGGAACUUCCACUGCCUAUUCUACCCUUCAGUUGUCCAGAGUGAGCAGCAUUGUUAUGCUUAUAGCAUAUGUUGCUUAUAUCUUCUUCCAGCUAAAAACUCACAGGCAGAUGUUUGAUUCUCAGGAAGAGGAAGAAGAUGAGGAAGAAAAGGCUGUGAUAGGGUUUUGGAGUGCAUUUACUUGGUUGGUUGGCAUGACAAUUAUCAUAGCUUUGUUAUCUGAGUAUGUUGUGGGCACAAUUGAGGCUGCAUCAGAUUCUUGGGGCAUUUCUGUCAGUUUUAUCAGCAUAAUUUUACUGCCUAUAGUGGGGAAUGCUGCAGAACAUGCUGGAUCGAUCAUAUUUGCUUUCAAGAACAAGCUGGACAUAUCUUUAGGUGUUGCUUUAGGUUCUGCCUCUCAAAUUUCAAUGUUUGUGGUUCCUUUAUGCGUUGUUGUUGCCUGGGCAAUGCACGUCCAUAUGGACCUUGAUUUCAGUCUCCUUGAAACCGGUUCUCUUGCUUUCACAAUAAUUAUCACAGCCUUCACUUUACAGGAUGGAACUUCACAUUACAUGAAAGGAAUGCUUCUUUUCCUGAGCUACAUUGUGAUUGCUGCAUGCUUUUUUGUUCAUAAAAUUCCUCAGAAUCAAAUCUCGGAAGGCAAACCAUUCACCGGACUCUUUGCAGCAUAG